CAUUUUAACGUAACGCCUAAUACAAUUAUUAUAAUUUAUUUGAUAUUUAUUAGUUGUAUCCCCGCGAUUAUACUCUUGAACAUUUAUUCUAAAAAUUUUAAAAAGCUUGCCAUCUGUUAGUUUGGAGCCAUUUAAAUUAGUUUUUACUUUUAAUUUCCCACGCCCCUGAUACCAACUGACUAAUUUGUAAACUCAUCCAAUUUUUGAGAUCCAUUUAGUGUGAACGAACCUAGAGAAGAAUUGCUAACAGUCGUUGCAAUCAUUAAAUAAAUAAUGAUUGUUUUUGUUUCGUGAGUUAUGCCUAAGAAAUAUGUGGACUAAGAAUUUACGUUUAUUUUGUGUUUUGGAUACCAAAUUUUGUACUGUUUACGCGAUCUUUCCUCCGGGUUUCGAUGUAGUGUCAGCAGCAGGUGGAAAAAUAAUAUGAGAGGAGAUAAUAAACCAAACUUAGGCUAAGAGGCAGUGGUGGGUAGAAAAAUGAAUGGUUAUUGUGAUGACUCCGCGCGGGCUAUCGCCCUUGCAAGUACGUUAUGAAAUGCGUAUUGCCGACCAAAAAGAGUGUAAUAUCAUUUCGACAAAAUGUUCAAAAAUGUCAGAAGAAACCUACAGGAGACAUGGUACAAACGGGAGCUUAGAUGGGAGAAAUGUUACUGUGAAGGAAGACUGUCCAUCAACCCCUUACAAUCAGGGGGGGCGUCUAAAAUUUUUUAAAGAUGGAAAGUUCAUUCUGGAAUUGGAGAGGGCUCGAGAUGGCGAGAAAGUUUCAUGGGUUUCUGUACCUAGAAAAACCUAUUGGCCUCCUCAAGUUAAUGCUGUACCAACAACCACUUACAAACAGGAAAGUAGUACUUCCCUUAGUGUAUCUGAUGAUAACAGCUCACUGCAAUCGUCGCCAUGGCAGCGUGACCAUUCAUGGAAGCAAGUAAUGCCACGUAAAAGUCUUUCCAAAGAGAUGUCAUUCUAUUAUUGGUGUCCAAAGAAACUGAGUGUGUCGAAACCACGUUCGUUGAGACGUCGUCGUGUGAUAUCACUCGACUACAAAAACGUCCAAAACAACGUUUCGGACUCAAAGUGCAAUAUCCGCAAAGUGACGAAACAGCAUCGCGUGCGUUCGUUAAUGUCCGUUGUGCAGUCGCUUAUCGAUCGUUCAGUUUCGGGCGGUGUCGCCCUUACUCGUCCUGAAACUGUUGUUUCGCCCCGGAAACGUUUCUUACGUGAAAUGGAGAAAGACAAGUAUACAACAAAUGAUGCGUGUCAGAAAAGGAGUAGGAACAAAGUCGUACCACCCGUCGCCCCUGGACAAUUUUCACCGGCAACUACGCCCACAUCUUCAACUAAUAAUAAGUUACAACAGUCUCUUAAGGGAGAAAGGAGCAGUCCGCCUACCUCACAGGCAAACGGAACGAGUACGCCCGAAGAAGUCCGAAUACAAAAGAAUUGCAGCUACAGUAUCACGUCGCUGUUGGCGGACGAUCGGAACACGCAUGUGCGAGGGUCGCCCGACAAAUCACCUAGUCAGUUUACGCCGGUCCAAUACCGACCACCCUCUUCCGAAGACCCUUGGUACUCUGAGAGCGUCGACAGGUUACGUUCAAUUGAACUUUCGCGAGUGGAUAAACGGGCUCUGUCCUCAUAUCCACCAGCAUAUCACCAUUUCAUGACCCCCUACAUGUAUUCGUACCCUACGGCGCCUCCUUAUUACCCCUCGAACAUGUACAGUCGAAAUUAUAUUGCUCCUACAUCGUAUCCUGUAGCACCAUUACCUGUUCAUCUGAGAAACUCAGCGCCUUCGUGCUCGUGGAUUUCAGAGGCUAGACCUAUAAAAGAAGAAUAUAAUUUAAACGAAGAAUAUCGUAUAAAGGAGGAGGAUUGCGUCGAAGACAACCUAACAGAUAUGCCAUUAAAUCUGUCAAAACAUGCAAGUUGAACCAUUUUUUGUGCCUUCCAUAUCGUAUUACAGUAAAUGAGACACAUAUUUUUGUAUAUUGUUUAUAGAAUUAAUAGUAUCUCGCUCCUCUUCGUUAUGUUAGGUAUGCAAUUUCAGAAAAAGAAUUCGAUUUCGUCGAUUAAUGGGCGUGGUAUAAAGGUCCGCUAUUGGUGUUUCGAUGUGAUAAAAAUAAUCAGACAAUGUAUGGCAUGUACCUUUAAUGUGUGGCAGGGUGAUUUUGAUAUCGUUACAGUAGAUAUUAUAUUUUCACUACUUAUUCGACUGCAUUUAUGAAUGUACUGCGGUAAAUUAAUUCCGAAUUUUCUCAUUUUUUUUUUCUUUUAAUUGUUAACUACGAUAUAUUUAAAGAAUGGGGUGUUAGUUUAAAUAUGUAAUUGUAUGACAUUUACUUACAUUUUAAAACAAUGAAAAAGUGUAACACGCGUUUAAUUUAUUAUAAAGUGAACUAAAUUGGGACCUUUAAUUAAAUCAAUUUUUUCUAUUUAUCGGUCAUUUGACGUGUAUUAAUAAUCAACAUCCCAUAAUAUUUUUAAAGAAUCGGAUGUUUUACGAUUGGUAGUUUUAUGUUUCUGAUUUUACAGAAAUGACAUUUACACACCGUCUUUGUUGCAUAUUAUAUAUAAAUAUUUAAAAAAAAUAAUUUGUAGUUUCUUAUCAUAUUUUUUAACUAUUUGUCACGUAGAAGUCUGUAAAUAUCUUCUGUAUAUUGUGUAUAAGCUUUUUAUUUUGAUAGGCCCAGCUAUUUAAAAUUCGUACUGUAACUUACAAAUAACAAUUCAUUAUCCGAAGAUUUAAAAUAAUAAACUGUUUUACAAUU